UAUUUUUGGAUCCUGCAGGUGUCUAUCUUGGCUUGCUUCUCUCUUUCUCAUUUCUUUUUCAACGAUCGUUGUUGUCAUUACCUUGCCAAACGGUUUGCUGUGAAGCACUAGAAACCCAUAUCCUUUCCACCAAAGCUAAGGGUAUCCAGGUUGCUACCAAGGCUUCUUUUGUUGUUCAGAGCACUUUCGAUUUUUGACAAUUUGCGAGAAAGUUGUGAAGCAACUCUGCCUUCAUCAUCCCUCCUUCUGAGCUUCCAUUAAGAAAGAACAACCAUCAUGAGAUCAACAAUCCUCUAUUCCAUCGUGAUUGCUUCCCAAUCCAUUGCUCCCAUCCUGGCAGGGUUUUCGGAUCAGUUGCCCCCGAAACCCCAACCGAACGAUAUCCCUGGAACUGUCAAUGGAUGCGCCAAUGCCAUUUUGGAACAUGACCUCGAUGGAGACGGUGCCAUUCGAAGAAACGAGUAUCGUCAGUUUGUCAAUAAUGUGGCGGACCUGCUCUGCAUUCCUCCUCGGCCAGAAUUGGACUUGGAACUCCAGACGGUAUUUGUUAGUAUUGCAUGUCUCUGUCAAGAACUCCCUGGAAAUGAUGCAUCCUGUUGUUUUGGUGAAAAUGCGGGACUCUUCGAUGGCGGUGCUUCCCAGGUGGCGGGCAGAACAGCUGAGCAGACAUCCUACCUCCGUGCCGCAUGUUUGUUGACCCAAGCUAUCCUUGGACCCGAACAAUGCAAGCUCCCACCUGCUACCCUAGCUCCAGGUGCCGUUACAGCUCCGUUUUUCGUUACUCCCGCUCCCCCCAUUCCUCCAGCCGGACCCAACAAUCUAUUGUGGCUACUGCUACUCUUGCUGUUGCCACUCCUCUGCUGUAUCUGCUGCUGUUGCUGGCGCAAAGACAAAGAAGUGGAAGAAGAAUAUGAAGUAACCGUCAAGGAAGAAACCAUUGUGCAAGGUCCCGAAGAUCCCAUCGAAGACAGAAACAUUCCUCCUCAACCCGAAGAUGAUAUCGAACAAGGCCUGGCACCACCUGUCGAUACCCCAACCAAUGAUGAAGGCAUCAAUCCAAUGCCCAUGCCACUCCUGGCAGAACCUCGAGAGCUGCAUGACGAACCUCCCCUUCAGGAUUCACCUCCUGAACCCGCACCCUUGCCCAUGGAACCAGAAGAGCCCAUGGAACCAUUCUCAGCGGGCGACGAAGACGGUGGUGACGACAAUGCACCCAAGCCCGGAGUACCUAUCCCUCCCAUGGGAGCACCUGGAAUGGGUGAAGCGGAAGACGACGAAGAAGAUGAAGAGAACAUUGGGCGCAAACUUGGUGCCAACCCAGAUGAUGACGAAGAGGAAGACGGCGGACGCAGGUUUGGUGGUCAAGGUAUGCUUCCCAAUCCACCGGGUGCCGAAGGUGUCGUGUUGCGUCAUGUUGAGAGAGAACCAAAUGAAAAGGGAGAGUACGAAUACCCCGAACGAAACAUUCAAGAGUUCAAAUACAAGACAGAAGAUGAAGGACAAGUACUGGAUCACUAUGUCCCAGAUGGUGGAGUGUAUGAUCCUCAGAGGCCACCAAGGGAGCCUGUGAUCAUGCCCACACCCAAAUACGAGCGAAAACCACCACCGGAGCCAGUCUUUAUUGACCCUCGAAAGCAACGAUUGCAAAUGGCUCUUGGAGAUGGCGAAGUUUGGGAUGCACUCGGAGACUGGGAGGAAGAGGAGGAAAAACAUGGAAAUGUUGAAAAGAUUGAUUGGGUCAUUCACAGUGCUUUGACCGUCUUUGCGGGUGCCGAAGAAACAGGCGACCUAGAAAAGGAAGCAUCUUCAGAAGAAGAUGUGUCAGAUGACGAGGAAGGCGACGAGGAAGGAGCAUAAGCGCUCAAUCCACCUCCCAGCCUCCAUUCCAGCCAACUAGCACCUCCUGCUUUCCUCCGUCACAGCCCUUGCCGCUAUUCAGAGCGCGGCAUAGAUUGAAGUACCAUACUCUGUGUGUCUCUUGUGCACUACUCUUGAUUAUUUAUAACACAAACCACUCUAAACUAAAUGAACUUACACCAACAACAUCUUUCAGGCCACCGCACGACGGCAUGGUGCAUGUAGCUAGCUCAUGCAAUGCAAACAACGAGAAUCGAAUCUAGCUAGCUAGCAUCCUAUCCGCAACGAUGCUGAAAGGUUGGCUGGCAAUGGAGCUAUCUGGCUUCAACUGAUGGUCCUAUUGCUGCUUGGAUCCUGGGUUGCUUCGGACUUGGGUCACCGUGCCCGCAGGACAGCUUCUAGCUUCUAGAUAGCUAGCCACAGUGCUACCGGUACCGGUACUGGAACUCUUGCCACCAGCAACUUUCAUGCUGUAGCCAUCCAGCUACGAUAGCUAUUAUCUGGCUACUAGCUAGCACGAGCAGCCAUAGGGAGCGGCUCAGGUCAC